UGUACGUCUUCCUCGGGACUUGCAAGGAAGUACCCAUGGGUCCGACGGCCAUCGUGGCACUAAUGACGUACAACACGAUCAACGGACGCGGGCCAGUGUACGGAACGUUGCUGUGUUUCUUGACGGGAGUCAUCCAACUGAUCAUGGGAAUGGUGGGAUUAGGUUUUUUGAUCGAUUUCAUCUCUGGGCCGGUGAACGCGGGAUUCACGUCGGCCGUCGCCAUACUCAUCGUCGUCUCCCAACUGAAAGACAUAUUCGGCAUACGCGCCGUGGGGUCGACACUGCUUGACAUGGUUAUAUCCCUGUCCAAAGACAUCGGUAAUUUUCGAGUGGGCGACAUGGUACUAGGAUCGGUGUGUAUCGUUGUGAUUCUGUUGUUAAGAAUGUUAGCUCUGAUCCACAUGGGCCCUGAAAACGAUUGCGAACGGAAUAAAGUUCAACGAAUCAUCAACCGAACCAUGUGGUUGGUCGGCACUCUUAGAAACUCGAUCGUCAUAAUCGUCACCACGUUCAUUGGAUUCCUUUACGUGAAUUCGUCGGGCCACGACGUGACAUCUAAUGAAAUGCCACCGAUACCAUUUAAGGUGGUAGGUAAAAUCCCGGCGGGUUUGCCGGAUUUCGAUUUCCCGAAGUUCAGCGUCAUGAGAGACAACGGGACCACAGUUGGAUUCUUUGAAAUGGUCUCGGACAUGGGUUCUGGCGUUAUAGUCUUACCGAUAAUAGCGUUGAUCGAAAACCUUUCAAUAUGCAAAACAUUUUCUUUCGGAAAACCCGUUGAUGCUACACAAGAGUUAUUGGCAAUUGGAUUGUGCAAUAUCGGCAAUUCAUUUUUUCACGCGAUCCCAGGUACAGGUUCUUUCUCUAGAAGUGCCGUGAAUGCUGCCAGUGGCGUACGAACACCAAUGGGAGGUUUAUAUUCUGGAAUUUUGGUCAUCGUUGCUUUAUUGUUCUGUACACCUUAUUUUUACUAUAUACCGAAAUCGGCUCUUGCGGCGAUUAUUAUUGCUGCAGUCAUAUUCAUGGUGGAAAUUCGUGUUGUUAAACCAAUUUAUCGAUCAAAAAGAACGUUUUUCGCCUGCCUGUUACUACACAUGGAAAUAGGGAUUCUAAUUGGCGUCGGCCUGAAUUUGAUAUCGAUUUUAUACCACGCGGCGAGACCUAAACUUUCAAUUAGAGUAAACACGACUAGGAACGGUAUCAAUUAUCUGAUGAUGACACCAGACAGAUGCUUGAUAUUUCCAUCAGUUGAUUAUGUGAGAAAUAUUAUCAUUAAGCACAGCUUAAAACAGAAUUUACCGGUUGUCAUUGAUUGUUCGCAUAUUUACGGAGCAGAUUUUACUGCCGCCAAGGUCAUAGAAUUGUUAACCAUAGACUUUUCACGGAGAGGACAGUUGUUAUUUUUUUACAACCUGAAACCAAGCUUGGUCACUGUUUUUGAAGGAGUUCGUCCAAAAGACUUCAACAUACGAUUAUUCUACGAGAGUCAAGAUAUCGAUCAACUGUUGAACAAACACAUGAUAGUAAACAGCACUCCAGAUGAUUGAGAUUUAUCUGAAUAACUUCAAUAUAAGAUCGUUUUGUACAUUGCAUAUCGAUACAGACAUUUUGAUUGAUAAUUAUUUAAAACAAAAUAAAAGUAUUUUGUUAUGUUAAAUAUAAUAUAUUAAUAUAAUGUA